AGGAGGAGGCAGCUGGCACGUAGAGAAGCCUCUCGUCCUGUUGGGACAUUGGAAGGAAGUUUGUCUGGGCUCCGACCCAAGGAGCAGAGCGAGAGAAAGACGGAGCGUGGCGGUCAACAUGCUUCCUGUGUGUUAAACGGCGCUCAGGGAAGCAAAGACGCCAGGGAUGCUCGUGAGAAGACGGCAAGCCGCCGCGGGGUCCUGAAGGGUGGGCAUCUCGCCCUGCUCCGCCUUGCCGUCCCAUCCGUCCCCCGCCCCGAAAAACAGCAACUUUUAGCGGCGGGCUCCUUGGGCUUCGAGGGCGGCGUAGCCUCCCAGCCAUCCAAGGAUCGACGCCCUUGUUUCGGAUGAGAGUCCCCCGACCCCGGCUGUCUCCUAUCGGCCCUUAGGGCCUAGUCCCAUGAGGUCGAAGCGUCAGCCUCUCGCUGCUUGUUUUCCCAGGCUCGGCUCGGACGGAGCGGGACUCCCGACGGUAGGAGAAUGAAAGACGAGGACCUUCCUGAAGAAGAAGACGAAAUGCCUUCCUUCAGAUACAGACCAAAUGGCCGGAUGAGGACCAACUGCAGCCGGUGUGAGAAAAACCUAACUCUACAGACAUCUGUGAAAGUGUUGUAUGUCUUUGUUGUCUUGCUGGUAAUGGCAGUAGUGGUGCUGGCAGCUUUAGUUUUCAAGAAAGUGGGAUCAAUAGCUGAUAAAUUUAACUCAACUCAGACGUACUAUGAAAAGACGAUUGUGUCAGUCCAAAAAAAUCUUCAGGAUCUAGAUCAGAAAUCAAUGGACAACUGCUCCUUGUGUCAUGACACAGGGCAACUUGGACAGGAAAUUAGCAAAUUGAAAAAGGAGCUGGAGGAGAUUCAGAAGAAGCUCUUGGCCCAGGAUGUAUUACUUGAUCGAGCUGCACAAGCUCACCAGCAGCUCUCAUCUUCCAGCAGCAAGAUCACUGAUGAAGUAGAUAGAUGUUUCUUUGCUGUUCAGCAGGUCAACCAGAGUUUGAGCCUCUUUCUGGCCCAAGUGAUGGGCUGGCAGGCUGCCACUUCUCAGCUCGGCACCUCACUCAAGGAUCUAACACAAGAACACUUCGAUGUUGAAACUGCUUUGCUGCAGAUAAACUUUACCAAUAGGCAGACCUCAGACUGGGUCCAGAUCAUUCAAAGAAAGACCAAUGAGGAGACCCUGACUCUACAGAAGAUUGUGACUGAGUGGCAGAACUACACCCAGCUGUUUGGCAGCUUGAAGGCCACCUCUUCCAAAACAGCUGAUAUGAUCAAGAAUAUUCAAACCAAUUUAGCUAUUGCCUCACAAAGGAUCAGCCAGAAUUCAGAGAGUAUGCAUGACCUCAUACUCCAAGUAACAAGUUUACAGUUGCAGCUGGACAACAUCUCCUCUUUCUUGGAUGACCACGAGGAGAACAUGCACGACUUUCAAUACCAUACCCAAUACAUAAAAAAUCGGACAGCUGAGCACUUUCAGACCUUGGAAGGCCGUAUGACAUCCCAUGAGAUUGAGAUCAGCACAAUCUUUACCAACAUCAAUGCAACUGAUAGCCACGUCCACAGCAUGCUCAAGUACCUGGAUGAUGUGCGACUCUCUUGCACCCUGGGCUUCCACACACAGGCUGAAGAGCUUUACUACCUGAACAAAUCGGUCAGCCUCAUGAUAAGCACCACAGAUCUUCUGCGGGAGCGUUUUAGCCUGCUCAAUGCCCAGUUGAACUUUAACAUUCGCAACCUUUCCAUGGUCAUGGAAGAGAUGAAAGCUGUUGACAUCCGACACGGGGAGAUCCUGAAGAACGUUACCAUCAUACAAGGUGUUCCUGGCCCUCCUGGCCCAAGAGGAUUGAAAGGAGACUUUGGCAUGAAAGGCCCACCUGGAAGCAGAGGAGAAAAGGGUGACAUGGGGAAUCUGGGCCCGCCAGGGCCACAAGGGUCCCUGGGCCCUCGCGGACCUUCUGGACCUCAAGGCGAGAGAGGCGCUGUGGGCACAAGAGGCCCCACUGGAAUCAAAGGAAGCAAGGGUAGCUUUGGACAAGGGGGUUCCAAGGGGCGGGCAGGCCCCAAAGGGGACUCUGGAUCUCCAGGUCCUGAGGGGGCCAUUGGCCCACCUGGUCCACCUGGCCCACAGGGGAAACCAGGCAUCCCAGGCAAACGCGGGCCCCUUGGUAAUAUAGGGCCGCCGGGCCGACAGGGGGAUCCUGGAGUACAAGGUCUGCGUGGAUUUCCAGGGCCCCCAGGACCUCCAGGAAUGUAAAUUCUCCCUCCCCCCCCAAGUUUUAAUGUGGACAAUUGGGGGGGGGGAGCUCUUUGCUGCAGACACCUGUCUCCCCAGCAAGGCAUCAAGAUAAUGGGGAAUGGAUGGUGUCAUUUAUUCUGCACUGUCAAAUUCCAUUUUCAGUGGCUUAGGGAUAAGCUUGAAAAAUUGCUUCAAACCAGUGAAUUCUCUUAAUUUUGGGAACUUCAAAGGCAAAGAAUUGCAGCUGCAGAGUAAGUAGGAGGAGCAAUCAUUGGUAAUUAGAAUACACGGUUUGCAUGUAAAUGGUCCUAAAUUCAGUCUCUAACAUCCGCAUAGAGGGCUGAAGCUCUGGAGAGAUAUUACCACUUAAUAUAGCCCAGAGUCACUUGGUUCAGUAGGUGGCUAUAGAAAUUGAAUAAAUAAAUAAAUAAAAAUUAGCCAUGCCAAAUGAAUAAAUGGGCAAACAAUAACAACUUCCUAUCUUCAUGUUACACAGUUGCCAUGCUUUUUGUAUAUAUGGGUGUGUGCGUGCGCAAGUGUGUUCAUAUGAGAUAUUGGCUCAUCUGCUUUUGCAUUCAUUCCACAGUACAAUUAGAUUGUGUCGCUGAUCUCUUCAUCUGUAACUCUCUUACACAUGUAUGGUAUAACCGCUACACAUAUACAUCCAAAACAAUUAAAAAAAAUGUAAAGGUGAGAUGAAAUUGCUUCUCUUCUUUGUAUGUGGUGGAGCAGAGACUUGUAAGGCUUUCCAAUUCCAAUGUCUAUAUUUCUUUGGGGGUAUAUUCUUCCUGACAAAUCAGUUGGACAACCUGCUAUUUUCCUUAUGAAAGAAAGUACAUCAGAGAUCAUUUGUCACUGAGCAUUGGACAGCAUACAGCUUUAAACAAAUAGUAGUAGAAAUAGUAGUUGUAGCAGUAGUAAUCUACAGUUCAAUUCACAGUCAAACACUGGUAGAAGUUUAAAAACUGAAAUCCUAACUAAGGAAUGAAGAAUUAUUAGGUAACAACUGAAGAUAGAGAUGUAGGGUAUUUUGUUGUUGUUAUGGUUGGUUGUAUAGUCAGCCAGAUGUUUAGAGUAGACUGGGCACUUUUAUCUACCUAUCUUCACAAGAUAAUCUGAUUCAGUCUGGGCCAGUCUUUCUCAACCUUGACAACUUUAAGAUUUGUGGAUUUCAGGGCUGGCUGGGAAAUUCUGGAAGCUGAAAUCUGUACAUCUUAAAGGUGAGAAGCAGUGCUCUAGAUAAUUUCACCACUUUGUGGGAUUAUAUGGAUUUUACAGACUAUGGCAGCAAAAGUGCUGACAGAAGCCUACUUUUUUAUCAUCUCUUCCUGAGUUUAUAGCAUCUUCAAAAGUUCCCACUUUGUUUCUAAGACCUGUUCAGUAUGCUGGCUUUCAUCUUUAAAAUCCCAGUGGUUUUAGAUUGAGCUAGCUAAAGAAACACUGCUUCCCAUAUCAACUGUCUCUCCCCUUAGGAUGCUCAAUUAAGUUUUGCUCUGCAUCUGCAUAAGCAAAAACAAUCCUAUCUUGGCAAGUCAUUGGCUUAGAUUUCUGCAUUUUUUAUAUUUUUCUACUGUGUUAUUUCUACCUUACUCUUGAGUUUUUUUGUUCUUUUCUUAUUUUAAGCUUGUUCUGUUUUCCUGUCUCACAUACCAUUGUGCACCUCUGUAACACUUACAGUCAUUAACUAUCUGGACCAAAGAAAGAUCCUGUGGAAUGGAAUGGAAUCAGCUACUGUAUGGAAUCAGGCAACUGUAAUGACCUAUCUACUCAUUUUUGCUCUGUCACACAGUGACCAACCAGUUCAACCACUUUACAGGCAUGUACAGGAGAGCAACAUGCCUUCUCCACUAUUACUUCCCAUUAAGUGAAAGCUUUCUCUGCAGGUGAAAAAACUCUGGAUUGAAAUACUGAUGGGAAGAAAGGAAGGAGCUCUUUGUAAUUACUUCCUCUCACUUCAGGCUCUCUGUAGUUCAUGGGUGAUGUUUCGCAAUGUUUUCCCUUUCGCGAAGCUGGGGUGGGCGUGGCCUGUGUGUGAUGCAUCCCGCCCACAAUCCGCCAGUUUGACACCCCUGUGGUGUAGUUGCUUUUCCUCACUUUCAAUUAUUUAAAAUCUUAGCCAUUGAAAUUUUCCAAUCUGUAUUUAAUCUGUUGUUCUGAGGCAGAAAAGCAAACUCUUUAGCCAAGAUAAAAUCAAGAAGAACUAGGAGGAAGAUUUGUCUGGAAAUGCGUUUGCAAUGCCACAUAUUUAAACGAUCAUAUCAUCAAGCCAGAGAAAUGAUAAGUUGGGUGAGUGCCUAGGAACGACCUGAUGAAAAUUGACUCUCAUUUCCUAAAUUCCAGCAAUGAGCUUCACGGGAGGGGAGAGCAAUAAUGUCAUUCACAAUGAUGUGAAUGAUUUCACAAUGAUGGCAUAUGGUUUAUUUAGCAUUUU